AUGACUACAACUAGCGAACCUAUUGAAUCAUUACUUUUUUGUCUUGAUAAAUCAAAUAAUUCAAAUUUAAAACAACGUCUUUCUAAUUUUUCUACACGGUUUUUUGCUGAUGGCAAAUACUUGAUAAAAAGUAUAUUAUUAAAUAAAACAACAGAGUUCAAGCCGUCGGCGCUCAUUCUAACUGGAGACUUCAAUUCCAUUAAAGAGAUUCUUGCAAGUCAACAUUUGUAUUCAAUAAAAACUUUUAUUUUUUGUCAAAAUUUUGCACGACAAAUCUAUGAACCACUUAUUAUUGAAUCAAAACAGAUUGAUCGUAUUAUUGGAUUAUUUACUACAAUUGAAGAUUUAAAAGAUGCUCUCGAAGAUGUAUUAAUUCGUCAAACACGCGAUCGACAACUUAUUCGAUUUAUUACGGGUAAUUUAGAAUCAUAUUUAUGGUAUGAAUUUUUAAAAGACACAUCAUCGAAAAUCGAUACAGGUCCUUAUAAGCAAUCCAGCGAUCUAUUUGAUAUUAACAGACAACUUGAAUAUGAUCCUUUAGUUACUUUAUAUACACUUCGUUCAUCGAUUCAUCAUUUAUCUCGAAGAAAAAUUUUACAUAAGAAAAUCUUCUAUGGAACUGUAAUAAAGAAGACGUUAAUCGAAAAACUUCAAUCGAAUAUAGAUAAUAUAAUAUCGUUUAAUUCAUUUGUUUCUCUUCAAGGCCAUAAUUGUAUAAAUGAAGCUCGCCAUCAAUCAAUUCAAUGUUGUUCUCGUCGUAAUGAUGAAGCUUCAAUUAUUUUCGAACUUGAAUCAGCCGAUCAACCAACAUUUAAAAUCAUUCGAGUUUUUGUUUGUAGUCAUGAUAUUAAUUUAUGGAUUGUACAAUUAGUUGGUACACAUGAAUGUGUUAAAUUAUCAAAACAAUUUUCUUAUUUUAAACGUGCUACUAUGACAUCAAAUCAAUCUCAACAACCGGAAAUUUUAUUUGGAGAAAUUUUAAUUGCAAUGGAUGAAAUAGAUAAAGCUUAUACGUUUUUUUUUCAAAUAUUUAUUAAACAAUACGAUCAACUUGAUAGUAUUUAUAAGACAGCAAAUCAAUUAUGGGAAAAUGAAAAAAAAUAUGCUGAAGCUAUUUCACAGAUUACAACACAAUUUCAGCAAAUUAAAUCGAUAACGUCAACAUAUAAAACCGGAGAUAAAGAAAAAGAUGAAUUAAGAUUUUUAGAAUCUGAAAUCGAUUCAACAUGGGAAACACCAAUUGCAUUGCAAGAUGCUAGUAAAAUAAACGAGCUUUUAGCACCUAUAUCUUAUCAAGUUGAUCAAGUAUUAGGUGAUGGAAAUAUUUCAAAACGACCUAUGUCAGUACCUGAAAAACGAUGUUGUACUUUGUUUUGA